AUGGUGGACAGAGGACCCUUGCUGACCUCGGCCAUCAUUUUCUACCUGUCCAUUGGGGCGGCGAUCUUCGAGGUGCUGGAGGAGCCGCACUGGCGCUCGGCUACCGAUGACUACAAGCGGCAGAAGACGGAGCUACUCAAGCAGUUCCCUUGCCUGGGCCAGGAGGGUCUCGACAAGAUCCUGCAGGUGGUGUCAAAUGCUGCUGAUCAGGGGGUUGCCAUCACUGGGAACAAUACUUUCAACAACUGGAACUGGCCUAAUGCUGUCAUCUUUGCUGCUACUGUGAUCACUACCAUCGGUUACGGAAAUGUUUCUCCAAAGACACCCUCUGGGCGUCUCUUCUGCAUAUUUUAUGGGCUCUUUGGAGUUCCUCUCUGCUUGACAUGGAUCAGUGCUCUGGGGAAGUUCUUUGGAGGACGUGCCAAGAGGCUGGGCCAGUUUCUCACGAAAAGAGGAGUAAGCCUGAGGAAAGCACAAAUUACCUGCACAGCCAUUUUCAUUGUUUGGGGUGUCUUGGUCCAUCUAGUUAUUCCUCCCUUCGUCUUCAUGGUGACUGAAGGAUGGGAUUACAUUGAAGGCCUCUAUUUCUCAUUCAUCACCAUCACCACCAUAGGAUUUGGAGAUUUUGUUGCUGGUGUAAAUCCAGAUGCAAACUACCAUGCCCUUUACAGAUAUUUUGUGGAGUUAUGGAUCUAUCUGGGACUAGCUUGGCUUUCACUCUUUGUUAACUGGAAGGUCAGUAUGUUUGUGGAAGUUCACAAAGCAAUAAAGAAACGGAGGAAAAAAAGAAAGGAGUCUCUUGACAGCCAUCCUCGGUCUAAAAAACCCAUUCAAAUGGGCACAUCAAAGGAUGUCAACAUUUUCAGCUUCCUCUCAAAGAAGGAAGAAACAUACAAUGAUCUUAUAAAGCAAAUUGGGAAGAAGGCUCUGAGGACAAGCAAUGACAAAAUGAUCAAAGUAGAAAAUGCCAAGCAAAAUAUGCAGAAUGCUAGUAUAGAUGCCCAGGUGAUUUACACAAAAGCAGAAUCGUUUGAAUACGAUGAGACUUCCCUGGACAUUGAAAACGGUCAUGUGCUGAGACCCCUGCAUGAUAAACGUAUUGGAGACAGUCCUCUAGAGGGAACCAUGUUUGUAAACCAGCUAGACAGGAUUAGUGAAGAAGAAGGUGAAGCAUGGGAUUCCAGAGACUAUCGACCCUUAAUAUUUGAGAAUGCCAAUAUAACAUUUGUAAAUGAAGAUGAUGAUGAAGAGGAAGAUAUGUCAGAUGAUGAGGAAACGUCAAAAUCUUCCAUGGAUGAUAAUCUUGCAGAGGAAUCUGAAACUGCAAAAAAACUGGUUAAAUUCCCAUCUUCUGAUGAAUCUACCUUUACCAAUAACGAGCUGGAGCUUUCUGUGCCUUACGAACAGCUGAUGAAUGAAUAUAAUACAGUAAGCAAUGUGAAGGCUGCAACGUGAAACGUGUUUGGCAAUGGUUCUCUGAAAGUGGUCAGUGCUUUUGAACAAAUUUAGAGAGCAAGGAGAAAAGCAUGCCCUUGCAGCUUCUCCUGUCUCUGAAAACAAAAGUCUCAAACUAAUUAACUCCAGUGUCCUUUUCCCAUCCUAGGUUGGUUUCUGAGCCCAUCAGCUUUGCUUACCUGAAAAACUUGUAAAAUAACAGUUGAAUUUGGAGUCCUGCCCCUUCUUGGGGUUGUAUGGUUCUUCAACAAAGUAGAAAAGACUAGUUAAUACACUGGACCUGCUCUGCGUUCGUGCAUUUCAUUGAGGUAUUAGUUUGGGAGUGUAACUCUUGCAGACUGAUUUGGCCAUCAAGUGCGUUCGGUUACUCGGUUUCACCUCUGAAAACAUGGACUUGAAUCCUGCUUUGACCACAAAUGAAAGCAAGGGAUUUGCUUUUUGUGUUGCCCGUUGUUAAACUCUUACCACAACAAAGUGGUGCAACUGUACUUAAGAUGGAAUACCAGGACACGCAGAUGACAGCUAAGAUGCAUUGGCAGACUGAGAAGUGUAAUUCCAUAAAAGAAAUACUAAAAUUCAAAAGAGAUGGAUGAAGAUAGAGCCCUCAAACAAGGAAAAAUCAUCUGGGAUGAAGCUCACCAAUUGGGCUGCUAAACUGUGCUUCGGUCCCAAAACUGCUAGUAAUUGGAAGACCUGUUGAUCAAAGCAUGUGUGAGCAUAAGCGGGAUGCAAUGAACUUUCUUAAUGAUGAAAGUGUCCUUCCACUGUUCAUUACCUAGAGGAAAUACUUGAAUGAACCUUAUACAGUAUCUUUGUACAGGUGAAGUUUUAUUGACACUGUUCUCCUGAGGAAAAAAAUCACCUUGGGGGAAGGCACAGAUAUUCUCCAAAUGCCCUAAUGCCUGUCAGAAGGGACUCGUAGCACUGCUGCUGAUCUGUGCAGUGUGUUAGUCAGUAUUGUUUGAUGUUCCACUUUGCCUUGGUACUUCAGACUAGACUUGAAUGAGAAGAUUUUUUUGAAACAGUUGAUUACACUUUGUUUAUUCAUUUCAAAGUUUGACCUUUUGUGCAUAUAUAAUGGUUAUUCUAUCCUGCUUUCAAGAAGGCUGGGCAAUGUCAAAUCUUGGGCAAAUAGAUGUGAUCAAGUGACCUGAGACACUUUUCUAAAAGGAACUUUGCCUCUGAGCUCCUGAAAGUAUUACCUCUUGGCUUGGAUGUGGGCUUCCCAUUGAAAAGGAAGUAUGUGUCUUCAUAAAAGUUCUGCCCAAAUAGUUCUGGCUACAAAGUAAAUUAUAGCAUAGCUUUAUUUUCCUUACUUUUUCCAUACCUAGAUGUUAGCCCUGACAACUCUUUCAAAUGAGGCUCUUGAUUACAAGUUAGCAAAAGGAAACUGACUUAAGGUGUAGCAAAUAUAUUUGGAACAGAAAACAGUCAAGACCUUUAAAAUGUCAGGUUCUGUUCUGCUUGGUUUUACAGUAUUGAAGUCAGUCCAGUACGCCUGAAAGUUUCCAAAGUUCAGCGAACAGUUAAAAGUUGUCUCGUUCUUGGUUUUGGUGUAAUGCUGGCAGAUUCACUAACUCUUUAAGAAGACCUUAUGGAAUCUUGCAAUGCUAAUCUUCAGUUGCUAGCUCUUUCUAGGAACUGCAGCUUUAGUCACUGGCCUCUUCCACAGGAGGAGGACAUAUGGGAAACUGGCACUCUGAUUCAAUAGCCUGUUGAAGGGAAGUUUUGAAGUCCUGUACUGUGAAACAAGAGACUCUCUUUACUGGUCUUUUUUCCCAAAAUUUCCAGAUUUAUGACUUCUUCUUUUUGACAUAGAAAGUGCACAAAAGGCUACGACACUGGCAGAAGUGUGGAAUCAACAUCACUUGGUCUGGCAAUUAAUCUGUAUUUUAUGAAACUAUUGCUGAAGAGAGACUAUAGUUCAAAAUCAAAUUUUCUUGUGUUACUGCUAUUUGGAGCGGAGGUGGCUGGAUUUGGCUUGCAUCAGGCAGGAAAGAGAGUCCCUCUCAGGAAGAUACCAACUUAUUUCUAAUACUCCUGUCAUUUUUCAUGACUCCAAACCUUUCAAGUAUUUCUAUGUGCCUGAAGGGUUGUGGUUGACAGCUAUAUCUUGUAACUGUAAGAAGUGAUAGGUAAGACUACGUGCAUGAUACACAUGGCUUCUUGUGUAGCAAGUCUAGCCUUCUCUAUCUUUUUUUAUCAUCAUUUUUUAAAGUGUGCAUUAAUGUGACAGAAAAUGAGAAAACACUCCAUACAGCUUUUGUUGUGCUCCAACUUUGUCUUCCACUAUUGCUGUAAAGAUUAAAGUUUUAGUGACAGUUAGAAACCUACGUGACAAUGUGGAGAAAGACGACUUGCUGAAAGAGCAUGAAGUGGAAAAGCGUAGUUCAAUCUGCAUUUAAAAGAAGAGAGAAAAAUUCAGUGAUACAGAAAUACUACAAUCCAAACUCUUGGCUAGGCUGCUUUCACUGGGAGGGGAUGUGGCACACUGGAACCCAGAGCCUCCAUUCUCUGUAGCAAAGUGCACUUGUAUGCUGGAGCUGAGAAUGGCUGAGGAUCUGUUUUGUAUUAGUAAGUUAGAUGUGGCGCUCUGGCCUUUCCCGGUGUAGGCAGCAUAGACUAACUCUGCAUAAUAAGUGUCAUGGGAUUGAAAAUAAUAGUUUAAACUUAUUAAAACAAAGUACAAUAUUCCCACUCUCUUGGGAAACAUGAUCACACCUCACAAAACUGUUCUCAAGACAUCCCACCAUGUGCCUUAAUGUAAACUUAACGCAGGGGAAAAGAAUUCUUCUUUACGCAGAGGCCGACACAAUUGGCCUCGUUAAGCCCCACUUGUUUUCAGUAUUUUGGAGGGGUUUAGUUGGCACAUAAGUUUCAUACUGGCACUCUCCAAAAAGCUGAGCUAUUUCCCAGAGCUUUUAAAAUUAUGGUGCCAUCUUGGAACUGCCAAAGUGCUAAGCAAGACAGCUUUUUUGACUGCCUGUCUUCCAUGUCUUAAAAAAAGCAGCUGCUUGAGGGGUCAAAAUUAAUGUUUUUCUGCCUUCAGAUUUACACAUAGUGAGUCAGAGGGGUGUCCAGGUUGUAUUGUGAGCUAUUCAGCCUCAAAAGUGCCUCUCUGGGGUUAAUUCUCCAGUGCUGCUUGAUAAGGUCUUGUACUUAUUUCAAUUAUCUGGUUAGUAUAGAGACAUUUCUUUGGAUACCAUGUAAGAUUUCAUACAGCAAACUGAUACUGUUAACAGCUCUCUUAACGUCAUGGAAUUUGUUUUAUAGGUGAGACAGAUCUCUUUCUAGGAAGAGCAAAAAGGAGAUGGGUUUUUUUAUUGCUAUUAUUAAAUACUUGUUUUUAAAAAGCCGCUUACAAACAUGCAUAAGGAAGGAAUGGAACAGAAGUGGAAACUUCUUUCUAGCUAUCGCCUACAAGUAGAUUGUAUUUACAGUCACAUCAUGUGAAGUGAGAUACAAACUUAAUUGUGCCAAAUGAGCCAGUACUUUCCAAAAAACAAACAGCCUGAAAUGUGACAACAAAAGUCUGUUUCUACAAAAGCCCUUUUUUAGUGCUAUAGACUAUGUGAUCCCAUCCUUCAUGAUAUCAGCAGGACACUUCUUGGAUUUAUCUUCUGCUUGAAUGAAGCCUUAUUUUUACCAAAAGGGCAUCAUCUUCAGAUACAUAUCUCACAGCAAGUGGUCUUAAGGCAUCUGAUACACUGGUACGAAAUCAGAGGAAAUGCAGUAAGUGGUGCAUUAAAUUUUUCUGAGCUAAUAAUCUGUGAACCCGUUGCUGGCAAUGGUUGUCACAAAACACGCAGAAAUAAAAGUGCAAACUGAAAAGAGUUCAUCAGUUGCACAGUUGUAUAUGUUGAGAUUAUUUUUUUUCCCUCCAGUUGAGCUGGGAAAGUACGUGUAGAGACAGACAAGUGUCACUGAGGAGAACAAAAAGCAAUAUACAAGUCUGUUGGCCUAAAAAAUGUCAACCAACCAACCAAAAAAAUCAGCAGCCAAACUCUGUUAUAGACUUGGUUUUGUGCCUCGUGGAAUUCAUUUCCAUUUGUGAUAGAUUUGCUUUUUGAACAGUUGUCUUUCCUAUGGCUUUUGAAGUUUGUACAGUUCUGAGUCUUAUCACUCCAUAAUACACCUGUCUGUCAGUUCUUUGUUGCUGAUUGUCACUGGAAUCGCACUGUAUGUAAAUAUUUGCUAAGUCUUUGUAAAAUGUAAUUUAUUUUAAUAUUUUGCAAUAAAAAAAAUGACAGUUUAUCUUCUCUGUCAUGAAGUAA